AUGUUUUGGUCCAAGAACAGCGAUGCCGUCGAAGAGAUGGAGCUAGACGCGGAGCUCCAGGAUACCCACCACGACGGCAAUAUUGGAACUCAGGUGCCUGUUGAAGGCAGUGGAGUCAGGCCUAGGGGUCGCAUUCUGUACACAUUUCAGACGCACAGAGGCCUAAAGAGUAGGCAUAUCCAGCUGAUUGCUCUGGGAGGAAGCAUCGGUACCGGACUCUUUGUCGGAACAGGCACAACGCUUUCCUUGGCUGGACCAGCACCCCUGUUCAUGUCUUUCAUUGUCAUAUCAGUUAUCGUUUGGAUUGUGGUUCAAAGCCUGGCAGAGAUGACAACUUAUCUUCCGGUCGAAGGAGCUUCAGUGCCAUUUUAUGUCCACCGCUUCUUCGAACCUUCCUUGGCGUUUGCAGCAGGUUGGAAUUACUUCUAUUCGUAUGCUAUGCUGGUGGCUGCUGAGAUAUCCGCUGCAAGUGUUGUUAUAGACUAUUGGGACAAUCCCGUACCGGUUGCAGCAUGGAUCACCAUUAUACUCAUCACUGUUGUUCUUCUCAACGUCUUUGCAGUCCGCAUCUACGGCGAGUCUGAGUUCUGGUUUGCCUCGAUCAAGAUCAUCGCUAUUUUAGGCCUCAUCAUCCUCGGCAUCGUGCUCUUCUUCGGUGGUGGACCCAAUCACGAUCGACUCGGCUUUCGCUACUGGAAUGAUCCUGGAGCAUUCAAUAGCUACCCAAAGCCCGGACUCGGGAAUACGGGCAAGUUCCUCGCAUUCUGGACUUCACUCAUCCGCUCAGGCUUCGCGUUCAUACUUUCGCCAGAAACCAUCACCAUUGCUGCCGGUGAGAGUGAGGCUCCAAGACGCAACAUCCCCAAGGCGAGCAAGCGCUUCAUUUACCGCUUGAUAGUCUUCUACAUCUUGGGCACACUAGUUGUAUCUGUCAUCAUUGCCUCGAACGAUGCGGAUCUCCUGCAAGCAGUGAGCAGUGGCACAACGAAUGCAGGUGCUAGCCCAUUCGUCAUUGGUAUCAAAAGAGCCGGGAUUCAGGGUUUGGAUCAUGUCGUCAACGCAGUGAUCAUAACCUCAGCCUGGAGUGCCGCAAACAGCUUCCUCUACGCAGGUAGCCGCUCGCUUUUUAGCCUUGCGAUGACUGGUCAAGCCCCAAAGAUAUUCACCAAGUGCUGUAAUGGUGUCCCAUACGUUGCUGUUUUUGCCACAGCCGCGCUGGGGAGUCUUGCGUACUUGAGUGUUUCAAGCGGAUCGGCGACUGUGUUUGCUUGGUUUCUGAACCUGACGACCAUUGGCGGCUACGUCGCAUGGGUUGUGAUGUUCAUGACAUACUUGCGCUUCCGGAAAGCCCUCGCCUACAACGGCAUUCUCUCCUCAAUUCCGUUCAAAAGUCCCUGGCAACCAUACACAAGCUAUUUUGCCAUGAUCAUGCUCAUUCUGCUGUGCCUAACCAACGGCUUCCAAGUUUUCUUCCCCAGCAACUUCUCAGCAGCAUCUUUCCUAGCAGCGUAUAUCACUCUGCCUCUGUUUUUUACUUUAUAUUUGGGACAUAAACUGUGGGCUCGAACCCCUUGGAUACGGUCAAUCGAGACGGUGGAUGUUUGGAGUGGUAAAGAAGAAGCGGAUCGACAGGAAGAGGAGGACAUGGGACCCUCCAUACCUAGGAAUCUGUUAGAGAGGAUAUGGUUUUGGAUUGUUUGA